GACGGGAGCGGGGCAGUCAGCGGUCCCCGGCUGGAAGAGCGGGUAGGGGGCUGUGCUGGGCGCUCACGCCGCCCGGAUUUCCACUAGCCGGUUAAAAUCCUGCCGGGCGGCUCCAUACCCGGGACUUUUUGCCUUACCGAGUGUAAAAGACACAUCAUUCCCAUUGCGGAGUGAGGCAGCCAAUCGGCGUCUCGAUCUCGUUUCCCUGGCGGCGUUGGCAAGUGGGAAGUAUGGCGGCGACAGGGGUUACGGCGAGGACUGAGACUGUCUCACCGGCUGGAGGGGGUUUGGUAGUCAACUGGUCAGGUCAAGGAUUGCAGAAACUGGGUCCAACAUUACCCUGUGAUGCUGAUACUCACACUCUGAUUCUGGACAAAAACCAGAUAAUUAAAUUAGAACACUUGGAGAAAUGCAGGAAUUUGAUGCAGCUCUCUGUAGCCAACAAUCGAUUGGUGCGAAUGAUGGGCGUAGCAAAACUGACUAAUCUCCGGGUGCUAAACUUGCCUCAUAAUAGUAUAGGGUAUGUGGAAGGGCUGAAGGAUUUGGUGCACCUAGAAUGGCUGAACUUGGCAGGAAAUAACCUUAAGGCCAUUGAACAGAUCAAUUCCUGUCUGUCUCUUCAGCAUCUUGAUUUGUCAGACAACAACAUAGCUCAAUUAGGCGAUCUCUCCAAGCUGAAGUUGCUGAAGACUCUGUUGCUACAUGGAAAUAUUAUAACUUCACUUCGCACUGCCCCUGUUUGUGUACCUCAGAAUCUGACUGUUUUUUCGCUGGCAGAAAAUGAAAUCAGAGACUUAAAUGAGGUUUCUUUCCUGACCUCUCUCCGUCAAUUGGAACAGUUGUCAAUUAUGAACAAUCCUUGUGUGAUGGCCACACCUUCUAUCCCUGGCUUUGACUACAGGCCGUAUAUUGUCAGCUGGUGUCUGAACCUUAAAGUUCUAGAUGGAUAUGUGAUUUCUCAGAAGGAAAGUUUGAAAGCAGAAUGGCUCUACAGUCAAGGUAAAGGAAGAUCAUACCGACCUGGGCAGCAUGUUCAGCUAGUCCAGUACUUGGCUACUGUUUGUCCUCUUAUAUCCACAUAUGGUCUCCAGACUGAAGAGGAUGCCAAACUGGAAAAAAUACUGAGUAAGCAAAGGCUCCACCAGAGGCAGUUGAUGCAUCAAAACCAAAAUGAAGGACCACCUACAUCUACUCCCAACAAAACACCACCAGCCACUCAUGAACACAGCAGUCCAGCCCAGCUACCACAGAUAGUUCUUGAAAGGGAACCUAUGGUCCAGAAGAAUUCUUGGGUUGGACCAAGUGCAAACGAUGAUCAUUCCUAUGCAGUAAAGAACACUUCUCUUCUCGAAAGAAGUUUUCACAAGGAGCUAUACCUCGAAGAUAUACAGACUGGUGAAGACAAACUAAACAGCAGCCUUUUAUCAUCAGAGUCUACUUUCAUGCCAGUUGCUUCAGGAUUGUCUCCAGUGUCUCCUACUUCAGACCUGAAGCUAGAUGGAAUCAAUCUGGGCUUAGAAGAUGAUGAUAAUACGGUGAUUGAAUGUGUGAAGGAUGUUGAUAGCGGAGAAACAACUAACAAGCAAGAAGCUUCAUGUAUUACAAGAGAGCGCUCCAACAGAGCAGUGGGAAGUGUGGAGACUCAAGAGAAUAUCAAAGAGAGUAUUCUGUUGCCUUCUCCUAAUCCAGUAACAGAUAGCCUUACUGCUAAUACUAGCAACUGUUCAGCAUCCUCUGGAGACCAAGUUCUACUUAGUCACCCCAGCACCUCAGGAGGUGCUGAAUCGGGAGUUACAAAUCUCUGUCCUGACCAGAUGACAGGAGAAAGUUCUCAUUCGUUAGCUGAUGUUGAUCAAAGUGCAGCUGAACUGCAAAGAAUGACUAAAGCAGCUACCAAGCUUCAAGCCUGCUGGAGAGGAUUUUACACAAGGAACUACCAUGUCCAAGCCAAGGAAGUACGCUAUGAAAUUCGACUAAACAGAAUGCAGGAGCACAUCAUUUGCUUAACUGAUGAAAUAGAAAAACUGAGAAAAGAAAAAGAGGAAGACAAGAUUCAGAGGCUUGUACAGGAGGAAGCUGUCAGAUUUCUUUGGAACCAGGUUAAAUCCCUUCAACAAUGGCAGCUUUCAGUGACACAAAAUUUAGGUGACACUUGGCAACCUGGGAUCCCAUCAGCCAGUACUUUCUGUCCAUCUGAACCAUCUAUUCAAUCAUCCACACUUGAGCAAGAAACCACACCAGAUGUUAGUUCUGCUUGGUUAGUUCCAGCUAAUGACGUUCUUCAGGAGAAGUCUUUUUCGCAGUUCCCAGAUUCUGGUUUUCAUUCUUCUGCAGCUGAUCAGACUCAUACUGGUGACUUGUGUAGCUCUGAAAAGAGUUUAACAGAAGGGACUGAGAGCUCUCUUUCAGUGGACACUGUCAAACAAUGUGGCAAUUCUGUUUCAGCAUAUUCUUCAGACGUAGAGGAUGGCCAUGGGGAAUGUGGGCAAAGUAAAGAGAGCUCUACUAGUGAGCAGGACAACAGACUAAUACAAGAGUAUUUGAAAUCUGUUCAGCAGCUGGAAGAGGCUGAGGGAGAGACAAAUUGCAAUGAUGAAACAGAGGAUAGAUGGCUACAAAUCACUGUUCCAGCAGAAAGCCAAGAUUCUUCAUCUGACACUCUCUUUACAGAUCUCCCCCAAGAUACAUCUUCCCCUGUCCAAGGUGAAAUCAGUCAGACACCAGACAGCUGCAAAAUGAAUUCAGGAAUAGUAGAAGGGAAACAAACAGACUGCGAUUCUUCGUUUCAGAUGCUGCAUGUUGGAAUAGCUGUAUAAUAAGCUCAGUUUCACAAAGGACUAAGGAUUCCAUUUCACUUUCCUUUCUUUUUCUCAUUUGUGCAAAACUUAUUUUUUGUGUGCUGUUUCAGAUUUUGAUUCAUGUUAUUAAUUUAUGUUUUAAUUAGUAUUUUAUUAGUGUUGCUGAGGACUGACACUAACUAUGCUAACCUGAAAUCAGCAAAGCUCUCAGUGACAAUCAUUAUGCACUUUAUUUUCAAACAUAAAACUGGUAUCCUAAUAACUGGCUUCCAUUAAAUUAAUUCUGAAGGUUGGGGGUGGGGGUGGUGUUUCCUGUGAAUUCACUUCAGUGAAUGUGUUAAUAAGUCUUUGAAUUUUUUCCUAAGUACAGGAUUGAGUUCUUACUUUGCAAAGAGGAGCAAACAAAAUAGGAAGAAACAGUCAAUGGAGUUACUAUAGGCACUGUGUGUGUGUAUGGAUACAACUUUAUGAUAAAGAUGGAAGCGGUUGCUGUUCAGGCUUCUUUUGACUUUAGCAAGAGUAGUUUGGUCAGCGUUUCAAAGAUGCAUUACAUGAAACAAGUGUCCAAGUCAGUGACUUCUUUUUGUCACUUAAUUGAAGCUGCUGGCUUCAAUUGGGUCAUUUACAUACGUACUGAAACAAGGAUUACAGGAGUGAGACCUUGGGGACCUUUGCCCUGGGGUUGAAUUUCCCUGCUUUCUCAGGUAAGACUCAAAGUGGAACCAGUAGCAGCCUUUGCUAAAUAAGGAAUUUCAAAAGGGCAUGUGAUUUGUGAACAUCAUAUCCGAGACUGCACUGCUGGGUUACAGUAGCAGACUUAAUGGCAUAUGUUUUGCUUCCACAAGGAUGCUAAUGUCAUUGUGGGAUUUGGAUCCGCAUGGCUUUCAAGACACUAGUGUGUUUAAUGGAUCACAACUACUUCUAUCUACAGGUAUAAAUAUUAGAAGCAAAUGCCAUGGCUUAAAACUAUUUCUUGACAUCUAUGUUAGGUUUUCUGUUUGUUAUUUCUCUGUAUUUCCAUUAUUUGAUAUUGUAAUUAGAUGUGGAUAAAAAGCUGUGUUUCUUCCCUAUUGGCAAAUGCGCCAAGUUACCUAGGUUAUGCUUUCCACUUAAACACUGGGCAAAGCAAUAGGGUUUGUACCUUGCCUAGCCAUUGCUAUCUUGGUUUUGGUUUUGUUUUAAUGGAAAAAGAUCAGGUAUCUCAGUGUACCACAUAAGUGGCAAGGAAAAUCUGUUUUGCCAUGUAAUUUGUGAUGGGCACUAGUAAAAUAAAAGGUGAUGUUGCGAUUUCUAGGGGUCAGUUCAGUUUGCUAAUACCGCAUUUUGCAAUGUGUACUGGAAGGCCAGUGUUUCAGUAGUUUGCUAAUAUUCACUUCUUUGAUAUAAAGGCACAUGCAUAUUCUAAUUCUCUGAAUCCACAGGUUAGCUUCUGGUGCUAUGGUGUCAUUAAAAUGAACUAGUGCUGUUUUCAAGUGACUUUUAUGGCCACGUUGCUAUGUAAAGUAACUUAAUUUUUGUAAAAGCUUUGAUUGCUUGUCUAUUCUAGGUUCUGAGCUGAAAUUUACCACUACUCAGGAGUUUGGCUUAAGGCCUCAAAAUAGCCUUUAUUUAGAAUGUAAAUAGUGUAUUGGACUUGUACCAACCAUCUGACAAGUGGUGAAGUUCACCUUGGAAGAAUAAAGCUUGCAUUUGUAUA